UGCAGCUGUACGUCUCUUGCUUGCUUUUUUUCUACCAAACUAACCGAUACGAUGCCUCUUGAACACACAAUGGAGCCUCCCAGUCCUGCGCAUGCACAUGGUCCUCUCAUGUCGCCCUCUCAUUUUACCGCAGCAGACUUCCCUUCCGAAUAUGAUAACAGUUCAGAUGCUUUUGCUGAGUCCGCAAGCUAUGAUUUGCCUCCUUAUGGCUAUCGUCGUCUGGAGACCAGAGAGUCGCUCGAUACGACAAACACAAUGCUUCCCCUCGAUGCAGCGCUUGAUUCGCCGACCCCGAUGGACGUUGAUGCCACCGCUGAGGCUACUCCAUUAGGCAAGCCAAGUAUGGAGAACAGCUGCAGCCCGAGACGCUUAUCUGUUGCUGUGCCGCAGCCUGGAGGGUUAAAACUUGGUCCACUCAGUGCUCGCCGCCUGUCCAUUGAUCCGUUACGCUACCCAAGCGCGGACAGCGCCGGAACACAAAGAGAGGACGUAGUAGCUACUGCAGCAGAAGAGUAUGAUGAGGCUGAGGAGGAAUUGGUGGCAGAGGAUCCUCUACGAGAGGUACAUUCAGGACUGCAGCCGGAUGAAGACCUGGGAGAUGAAGUGGACUAUGGAGAUAUGCAGGUCAGGGAAGACGAUGAGGGAAUAGUGGCGCGUGGCAAUGCUGAAAGCGAGUUUGUUCCGGAACUUGAAUUUGAAAGGCCACUAAGGGGUUCAAUAGAUGAUAGCGAUGAUGAUGAUGAUGACGACGAGGAAAGGGACCCUGAGGAAGAAGAGCCUGCAUAUCAGGAAGAGGCAGAAAAUGACUGGGAAGUAGGUUUGAGGCGAAAGGAACAUGAUCCGGAGUUUCAGGAUGCAGCAGGGUUGGACUAUGGGGAUGCGCAUCCGGACAAACCAGAUGAUGAUGAAGGGGAUGAUCCGUUGGAGGAUUUGUGACUUGAUUUGUUUGUACAAAAUCUCAUUGGAAGAAUCUUGUUCUUGACCUCCCACGCUCAGAAAGAAAUUUAAAACCUCUAUCCCAUGC